UGGGACCCAGGUGGUGGGGUCGCGGAGGAAAAGUAGAUGGCGGUGGUGAUGCUGUUGAAGCUGAUAGCUGUGGUGGUAGUGACGGCUCUCGUGCUCUGUUUCUGUGCUCCUUCCGACCCGCCGGGGGAACAAGCCCCCCCCGAACACCCCAAGGCCCCAUCUCCCCUCACCAGUCCUGAUCCUCAGAGCUCCGCUCCUUUUGCCCCCAGCAGCUACCUGGAGACUGACCCCUCAUCAGCGGCCACCCCCGUGGCUGCCACUGUUCCUGCCGCCUCUAAGAUGUGCCCCGGGAACUGGCUCUGGGCUUCGGUGACAUUUAUGGCCCGCUUCUCCCGGAGUGGCUCGAGGUCUCCCGUUCACGCGAGAGGGGCCCUGGAAGAGAUACCAGCUGUCCAGCAUCCCUUCCUCAACGUCUCUGAGUUGGAGAGGCUUCUCUACACGGGCAAGACGGCCUGUAACCAUGCCGACGAGGUCUGGCCAGGCCUCUACCUCGGAGACCAGGAAAUAGCCAACAACCACCGGGAACUCCGCCGCCUGGGUAUCAGCCACGUCCUCAACGCCUCUCACAGCAGGUGGCGAGGGACGCCCGAGGCCUACGUGGGGCUGGGCAUCCGCUACCUGGGCGUCGAGGCCCACGACUCGCCAGCCUUCGAUAUGAGCGUCCACUUCCAGGCGGCCGCCGACUUCAUCCACCGGGCGCUGAGCCAGCCGGGAGGGAGGAUCCUGGUGCACUGCGCCGUGGGCGUGAGCCGCUCGGCCACUCUGGUGCUGGCCUACCUCAUGCUGUACCACAGCCUCACCCUCGUGGAGGCCAUCAAAAAAGUCAAGGACCACCGAGGCAUCAUCCCCAACAGGGGCUUCUUGAGGCAGCUCCUGGCUCUGGACCGCAGGCUGCGGCAACGUCUGGAGGCGUGAGGGGACAGAGGGAGGGAGGGAGGUCAGGCCAGGCCUGUGGGUCCCUGGAUCCCAGCUGGAGAGUGGAGGCCCCGGGGGCAGGUUGGAGGAGGCCCAGCGAACCCAUCCUCCCCUGAGAGGGCCGGGACGCGGCCCCAGGCCACGGCGGCUAUCUAUCGAGGGGGGAUGGGGUGAGGCUGGCAGUGUGACAGCCACCCAGGAGGGAGCUGGCCAGGGAAGGAGGCAGGUAGGCUGCAGGUAGAAGACAGUCCUGGCUCCCAGCCAGGGUGGUCCCGGCGACUCACAGCCCCUCUCUGUGCUCACGUGCUCCCCUUCCCCGCGUAUCAGAACAAAAGGACCAGCUCCGCCCUGUACCUCUGCCAGGAAUCAGGGAUGCGGCAAACACAAACAUGAUGGUGUCGAGUUGUGUGGAGGUGGUAGCUCAGGGACAGACGGUGAAGAGAGGGUGUGAAAAGCUAAGGGAGAAACCCACAGACUUGUUACUCCAAACCCGGGAAGAAGAGGCGUGGGAGGCUUGGCACGGCGCCCAUGGGUGCUGGUCGUGGCCCAGAACUGCAGAGGUGCAUGACUGGGGGCCUACAGAUAAUCCCUCGCUUACUGGAUCCAAGUGUCUCCAGGAAAAAUAAAAAUGGUGAAUACG